CCAUGAUGCAUAGAACUCGGUGUGAACUCGAGUGGAUGUGGUCGAGCUUUCUAGUUGUUGGACUUUGAUGGUGAUGAGAUAGCAACACUGACUGUUGACGUCAUACUCUACAGAUAACAACAACAACAACAUAAAGUGAUCGCAGCGUCGCGGAAGCGUUUGACGAAUGGAUCAAUCAGAUGGGCAAGGCAUACGACAACGAGGAAGAAUAUUUUAGGAGGCAAAGAAUUUUUUCAGAUAAUUUAAAGAAAAUCAAGGAAUUCAACAGUCGCAACGAAUCCUACAAACUGGGACUGACAGUAUUUGCUGACAUGAAGUACGAAGAAUUCGAACAUAAAUUUCUAAUGCCUGAAGCUCCUCAGCAAUGUUCGGCUACUCGUUCCAUAUCUUUACCUAUUGAUGAUAAUGUAUUACCAAACGCUGUUGAUUGGAGGAAUGAAGGUGUUGUGACUCCAGUUAAGAACCAGGGUGCUUGUGGAAGUUGUUGGUCAUUUUCGGCGACUGGUGCUAUGGAGUCUCAUCAUGCCAUAAAAACAAAUCAUCUCGUGUCUCUUUCGGAGAAGCAGUUGAUGGAUUGUAGCACAAACUUUGACAACCACGGAUGUGGUGGAGGGCUGCCAUCUCAGGCAUUUGAAUACGUUCGUUAUAACAGAGGAAUAGAAUUGGAGGCUGAUUAUCCGUAUGUCCCAAAGAAUGGCAAAUGCAGGUUCAACUCUUCAAACGUUGCCGCAACUGUGGCUACUUCAUUCAACAUAACAUCGUAUGAUGAAGAAGAAAUCACACGAGCUGUUGCAGUCAAGGGUCCUGUGAGUGUGUGCCUUGAUGUUGUUGGUAACUUUCAUUUGUACAAGUCUGGUGUGUAUGCAAAUACACAGUGCCACAAGAGUCAUCGUAAAGUAAACCAUGCAGUGCUUGCUGUUGGGUAUAACGUCACUGAAGGUGGAGACAAAUAUUGGAUAAUUAAGAACUCGUGGGGCACAGGCUUUGGAAUGAACGGAUAUUUUUGGUUGAAACGAGGUGUGAACAUGUGUGGUGUAGCAAGUUGUGCAUCAUAUCCUGUCGUCUAGAGUCAACAUCAUAUUUGACGUCAUAUCAGAGGACUAUCUAAGUGACGUAUUGUUCACAUAGACUUUGCUGUACUGUUUAUGGAAAGUCGUGCUCUGUCUGUUGUAGUAAGAGAAUUGCUCUUCAAUUGAUGUCUUAAUUAAAUAUAUUGAUGUGAGUGUACUCAAUAAAUCUACUGCAU